UUACGAUGAGAAGGUGAUGGUAUGGGACACCCGAGUGCCUAAGCAGCCCCUGAGCGAGCUCGAUAUGGGCGGUGGCGUAUGGCGUAUCAAAUGGGUAUGUGGUAGUGGGUAUAAACCUGGUUACCAGUUGAUUGUGUAUGAUGAGUCUCGAUUGCUGGUAUCAGUGCUUUAA